AUGACGGCUGCUGAUACUACUACUAUUGCUGCUGCUACUACUACUACUGCUACUUCUACUACUACUACUUCUACUUCUACUACUACUACUUCUACUACUACUGCUACUACUACCCCUUCUACCACUACUGCUACUACAGCUGCUGCUGCUACUACUACUACUACUACUACUACUACAACUACUACUACUACUUCUACUACUACCACUGCCACUACUACUACUACUACUACUACUACUACUACUACUGACACUGCUACUGCUACUACCACCACUACCUCUACUACUACUACUACUACUGCUACUACUACCACUACCACUACUACUACCACUACUGCUACUACUACUACUACUACUGCUACUAUUACUACUACCACUACAGGGCGUAUAACUACUACUACUACUUCUACUACUACCACCACUACUACCACUACUACUAUUGCUACUGCUACUACUGCUACUACUACUACUACUACCACUACCACUACUACUACCACUACCACUACUACUACCACUACUGUUACUACUACUACUACUACUACUACUACUACUACUACCACUACCACUACUACUACCACUACUGCUACUACUACUACUACUACUACUACCACUACUGUUACUAUAACUAGUUCCAGGAUACGCUACAUUCGUAGGACAACAUCAAGCAAGCCAUCAGGAGAUCACUUAAGGGACCUGCUGCCAGAGUGUUAUUUAGCCAAGAUGGACAGCGUCUCUGGCGAUGUGGAUGCGACGGAGACACUCCUAGCCAAGUUCUAUCCUGCCAAACAGACCGAGACUGAGUCAGUAGCUACCUGGGCCGUGCGUCUGGAUGAUCUUUUGGGACAGGCCAUAGAUACAGGAGAAGUGGAAUCUCACAAGUAA